AACACGAAUUAUGGCUGACGCAAACGACUACGCAUUUAGAGUUGUUUAUUUCGGUGAUUUAGAAGAAUGCAAAGAUUACUUUAAACGCAAUUCGUCUUUCAACAUCAAUGUUCGUAAUGAGCAGGGCGAAACAUUAUUGAUUCAUUGUGUGAAACGUUUGCAAACGAAAUGGACAGCAUUGUUUGGCGGAGAAUUUCGAAAAAUAUGCAAAAUUUUGAUCGACAAAGACAUCGAUGUAAACGUACGAGACAAAGCAGGAAAGACAGCAGCAAAUUAUGCUGCUGAACUACAACAGUUGGAAAUAUUAAGAUUGAUCAUUCAGAAAGGCGCACGUCUUGAUAAAGCAGUACUUGACUGCGUCGUUCAAAAUGAGGAGUGGUUGCUAUCCAUUUGCGCAACACUUGGUUUAGAACGCAACAACGAAAGUAUUUUCAACCAAAGUAAAGAGAACAAUGGUGAAGAAGUGAAAAGAAAGAUUUUUCAUCAUUUGCUCGAGCAUACCAAUAAUAUUUCAAGUACUCUUUGGAUGUGCAAGUUAUUUCCAGAAAUCAUAGACGAAAAGAACAAGGAGGGUUUAACAGCUGUUCACAUUGUGGUCAUAUUAAAUAAAAUUGAGGCAUUGCAAAUUCUCCUCGAGUUUCAGCCAAAUUUAGAGCUAGCUGACAACGAAGGACACACCGCUCUUCAUUUUGCCGUAGGUUAUGGACAUAUUGAUUGUAUGUGGAAAUUGCUUGAUGGUGGAGCAUCGAUUAAUUGUCAAGAUAUAGGAGGCGCAACACCGCUGCACACUGCUAUUAUUCAAGAUUCAAAACAAGAUAAAAGAACAGAUAUAGUGAAACAUCUACUGGACUCUGGAGGUGAUCCUACUACAGUUGAUAAGAAUGGUCGUUUGCCUCUCCAUUGGGCAGUUAAUGCAGGUAAAGCAAACGUCUGCAAAUUGCUGAUGGUUAAAGGAUCACCUGUUAACUUACGAUGCAAUAAUGGACAGACAGCAUUGCAUGUAGCGGCUAGUCAGGGACAUAUUGAGUGUAUCGAAGUGUUGAUUAUGGAAUGUGGAGCAGAUGUGGAUAUAGAGGAUUCAUGUGGAUACACGCCAUUGUUUAAUGCAAUCGUCUCAAAGCAUUAUGAAUGUGCAGAGUUGUUACUUUAUCAUGACGCUAAUCCAAACCACCAAAACAAGAAUGGUUACAGCGCAGGGCAUCUGGCUGCAUCGAAAGGCCUGAGAGAAGGCUUAGAAGUUCUUGUUAAAUACAAAGGUUCAUUAGAACUAAAGAAUAAAGCUGGUGACACACCGUUGCACGAAGCAGCCAUAUUUCAACAGAUAGAUGCAGUUCUCUACUUAUUGAGAUGCAGCUGCUACAUAAAUUCUCGAAACAAUAAAGAUUUUACGCCGUUACAAUUGGCUGCAUCAGUAGGAUCAGUUCCGAUCUGCAAAAAUCUCAUGGAUGGAGGUGCAUCCAUUAAUCUUAUUAACACACAAUGCAAGAAUGGCAAAUAUAAGUUUGUCAGUGCAGUUGACUUGGCCGAGUUAAAUAAAAACAACAAUUGUGUGAGAUAUCUUCGAGAUCACGGUGGCGUGACAGGAAAGAAAAUAGUCACGUCAGCAGCAAAGAAAAUUCAAGAAUGGUGGCGACGAGGGAAAUGGUCGAAAAGUAAAACUAAACCUGAAAAUUAUGAAGAAAAUUCAGAUAAUAUGACUGACGCACCAAGGAGAAAAGUUGACAUUUCUCAAUUAAUUAUUACUAAGAAAAUGAAUGAUAAAGAGAAUGGCAAAACAAAAAAAAUCCUACCUAAAGAACCCAGGCAAAUUAUGUUAAAACAGAAACAAGUAGCACUGAAUAAAACACGUCCUUUUGUGGAUGAUAAUCCAACGAAUGAAAACAAUGAGACUGAAACCAAUGAAUUUAGAAGUAAUAGAGCAGCAGACAGUGAAACUUGUCCAAACUCUCUGAAGGUUAAAAAACCCUUGGAAGAAAUUAUAGAAAAACCUUUAAAUGAACAUUCGGAAAGUUUAAAGGAAGCAAAAUCUGGUUAUUAUCGAUGGGAGAAGGGUCGCAUAAACAUACCAACUAUUAGAAUUGAGCGAGUUGUAGAAAUGUCAAAUAAUACCUUGCAAGAAUCAACAGUCAAAAAUAGCGCUAAUAUAAAGGAAGGUAAUGAACAAACUGAGAGCGUCGACUUAAGUCAACAAUAUAGUACAGAUUCUUUGCAAGAAUCAACAGUCAUAGAUAACGUUGAUAUAAAGGAAGAAGAUGAAAAGACAGAAAUGGUCGACAUAAGUCAACAAUAUAGUACAGAUUCUUUGCAAGAAUCAACAGUCAAAAAUAGCGCUAAUAUGAAGGAAGGUAAUGAACGAACUGAGAGCGUCGACAUAAGUCAACAAUAUAGUACAGAUUCUUUGCAAGAAUCAACAGUCCUAGAUAGCGUUAUAUAAAGGAAGUAGAUGGUACAGAUAGAAGUAAAGAUUUUCCCAUCUCACCAAGAAAAACGGAUAAACAAAAUAUCAUAAACAGUUUUGGAGGUCAUCGAUAUUCAAUAUCAAAAACAGAAGAAAGCAUAAAAGAAAUGAAAGAAAUGUUGCAGAUUGAAGUUUUAAAAAAGGAGAAAAUCCGUCAAGAACUUGAUUUUCUGGUGAAGAACUUCGCUCAUCGCAGUGGCGAGCUUGAAAAACGGCUGCAGAUAAUUGACGAAAAAAUCAAAAGGUUGUGACGAAAUCAAACUUUGUAAGACUAUUCAAUCGAAUUAAUUAUUAUAUAAUGUAAGAAAAAUUUAAUCGAUGUACUUAGCUCUCAAGUUUCCAUUGCAUGACGGUAUUGUCUUUUCCUCCUGUGCUAAUAAGAUGGGAAUCCUUGACUAGGAAUCUAA